AUGGAUAACAUAACAUAUAACACAUUAUUGGAAUUGAUCAACAGCUCGUCCAUUUACAACGAAAUGAGGAAGGACAGCACACUUUUAACCGCAUUGGCUCACGGAGUUAAUGGAUUGAAGCCGUAUUGCCAUAUGCCACUAGUAGCACAGUUUGCGAAUUUAACCUUGUUCAUAUUACCCCGAAAUACAAUAGAUACAGCUGAAGAUAGUGGUGUUACUCCUCCUUUCAACGUUCGAGUGCUGCUGUCUAUAAUAUUCAUUCUAGUGGGAUUUAUUGGGAUAAUUGGAAACUCAUUAACCGUCCUGGUUAUAUAUAAGACUACUUCACUUCAUUCUCAUACUAACUAUUUCCUAGCUUCUUUAGCUAUAUCUGAUCUAUGUUUGAUCGUAGUUGGAGUUCCAUAUGAUAUGAUGCAUUUAUGGAAGAAGCAUCAUCCUCCACACAUAGCUGGUUAUUGUGCUUUCAUGAGCACAUCAAUAUCACUCUUCACGUUCGCUUCCAUUCUAACGAUAGUGUCAUUAACAGCAGAACGAUUUGUUGCUAUUUGCUAUCCGUUUGGACAUAGGACAAUCUUUCAUAAAAGACGGGUAAUAAAUCUGAUAUAUAGCAUAUGGGUGAUAGCCUUUUUCCCUUCAGUUUAUAUAGGAUUCCAGUUCAAGCGAGUUGUUCCCGAUUUCUGUGGAUACAACCGAGAGCUGGGUACUUGGGAGGGAAUAUGUGAUUACGCUACCAGUGAUGCUGUUCCUUUCACAUAUCCUUUUGAACUUAUAAUGGUAGUAACCUUUGUUUUGCCCUUGAUUUUCAUAGUUUACUGCUAUGUUCGUAUACUUGGCACUCUUAAUGAAAUGGCUCAUCAGACCACAGUUCAUGUUCCGGUCGGAACAACAAAUAGUGACAGCUCACAGAUGAUCACUCCAACUUCAGCAGCAGUUCUACCUCCUUCAAUUCUAUACGUUCACACGAAAAAUUAUGCUCCACCUAAAAGUCAGCAAGCUCAACGAAUGGUUAUUAAAAUGCUAGUAACUGUCACAGCAGUUUUCUUCAUAUGUUAUUUACCGUACCACAUUGAGCGUUUAAUUGUACAAUACACAAAGGCCGAAUGUGACAAAUCAAUGUUUUGCCUACUAUUAUAUCCAAUCACGGGUCUCCUACAAUAUAUAUCAGCGACAUUGAACCCAGUCUUUUACAACCUUAUGUCAACAAGAUUCAGAACAGCUUUUAACAACCUCAUUCAAUCUGUACUUCCAAAACGUGAGAGCAAGCAGUAUAGUCUUGCGAGGAUGUAA